AUGUCUGUUCCAGCUUUCUCCGAUAUUGCCAAGUCGUCAAACGACUUGCUCUCCAAGGACUUCUAUCACCUUACCGCCACUACCUUUGAGCUGAAGAGCUCCACUCCAUCGAAUGUCGGCUUCAAAGUGACUGGAAAGUCCACACACGAGGGAUCGAACAGCGGGCUCCUUGAGGCCAAGUACGCAGACAAGCCAUCCGGUAUAUUUUUCAAGCGAUUUGUGGUCUAUUCCGGAUACCCCCACCGAUUCAAUCCCAUCGGUUUUCUGGUAGACAUGUGUCCAAGAGGACAAACGCUAAUGUUUUUCUAUCGUCGCACAGGCUUAACGCUCACCCAGACAUGGAACACUGUCAAUGCUCUUGACACCAAGAUUGAGCUCAACGACGUGAUCGCCAAGGGUCUCAAGGCUGAGCUCUUAGGCUCUUUCCUCCCUGCCACCCAGAACAAGGGCGCAAAGUUCAACUUGCACUUCAAGCAAGCAAACUUCCACGGCCGCGCAUUCUUCGACCUUCUCAAGGGCCCAACCGCCAAUGUCGAUGCUGUGAUCGGUCAGGACGGCUUCUUGGCUGGUGCUUCUGCUGGUUACGAUGUCCAGAAGGCUGCCAUCACCAGCUACUCUGCUGCUGUCGGAUACGUUGCUCCUCAAUACACCGCUUCCGUAACUGCUGCCAACAACUUGAGUGUCUUCUCUGCUGCCUACUACCACAAGGUCAACUCCCAAGUUGAGGCCGGUGCUAAGGCCACCUGGGACUCCAAGAGCGGAAACCAAGUCGGUCUUGAGGUUGCCAGCAAGUACCGAUUGGAUCCUGUCUCAUUCGCCAAGGUCAAGAUCAACGACCGUGGUAUCGCCGCUGUCGCCUACAACGUCCUCCUCCGCCCUGGUGUGACCCUCGGUCUCGGAGCCUCCUUUGAUACCCAAAAGCUCGACCAAGCCACCCACAAGAUUGGUACCUCCUUCGUCUUCGACGCAUAG